GCUUUGUUCCUUUUAUUUAUCUGUAUGAAUUUGCCCACUCAUCAUGGUAUUUAUUAGUUGUCCACAUGUGAUUCUUGAUUUCCUAAGCACUCAGAUUUUGAGCGCAGGUUCUUGUAGCAUGGCUUCUAGGUUGCAGAGAAUGUUGGAAGCUGACUGGAACCAUGCCAGCUGAAUUCUUGCUCUCGGAGCUACUUUCUCUCUCUUGGAUGCUGGGAUUUUUUCUGAUUCAGUGGUUUCAAUUAUUGCAAGGGCUUUAGGGAAGGAAUUUGUUUCGUACUGCUAAUUAAGGGGGUUUUAGGGUUUGUGUUUAGAGGUAGCUAAAUUGUGUGUGUGUGAGUGAGUGAGAAAGAAAGAGAAGGGGCGACAUAGACGAGGCAAUUUGAUGGUUGCUCAGAGAAUGGGGUCUCAAGGGGGUGAUGGCAACAGCACUAUUGGGACCUUACUCCGAAACCCGGACCUAAAAUCGAACCAAUUGGCUAGGCAGGGCUCUUUGUACAGCCUCACUCUUGAUGAGGUGCAGAAUCAUUUGGGGGAGCCCCUUGGCAGCAUGAAUCUUGAUGAGCUUCUCAAGAGUGUGUUGACAGUGGAAGGUGCUGAGUAUGGGCAAUCUUUGCCUUUCCAGCCUCCAUCAGGGUCGGGUUUGAACCGGCAGUCUAGUGUUACGAUAUCUAGGGAUCUGAGCAAAAAAACUGUUGAUGAGGUGUGGAAAGAUAUUCAGCUGGAGCAGAAAAGGAGCAGUCUUGAUAGGAAUUUCAAUCUCGGAGAAAUGACGUUGGAGGAUUUCUUGGUUAAGGCCGGGGUUGAUAUGAUUGGGUUACUUCAGCAAGAUCAAUGGACGAGUUACCCGAUCUCUGGAGUUGCUCCUCAGCAGCAGCAGCAGCAGCAGCAAGGUAUGAUGCCGGUUUACAUGCCGUGCCAUGCAAUCCAGCAGCCUAUGCCUCUUGGUGGAAACUCUGUCUUGGACACUGCUUAUCCGGAAACCCUGUUAAUGUCAUCUUCCCCACUGAUGGGCACGUCUUCGGACACCCAAACAACAAGACGAAAGAGGGUUCCCUCAGAUGAUAUAGCUGAGAAAGGUGUUGAAAGGCGGCAGAAGAGGAUGAUAAAGAACAGGGAAUCUGCAGCACGUUCACGAGCUAGGAAGCAGGCCUACACCCAUGAACUCGAAAACAAGAUUUCAUGCCUAGAGGAGGAGAAUGAAAUGCUCAAGAAACAACAGACAUUUCUUCACUUGGUAGUUGGUACUCGUUUCAACGGGAAUGGGAGAAGGUGCUGCCGAGCAUACCACCACCACAGCCGAAGUUUCAGCUGCGUCGAACAAGCUCUGCUCCCAUGUGAAGAUAAUGUAGAUUGCUCGCUCGCUUUUCUUCUUCUCUUAUUUAGUUAAGAUUAGCAGUGUUAGAUGACAGACAGACAGCCUGAGGAUAUGGCCUCGGUCUCCAUCUCGACCUCGAUAUCUGUGGCUUGAACAUCCUCUGGCUGUCUUUGAUGUACAUUUUUAUAGUACUACCAACCAACCUGCGAUCAUAUAAAAAAGUAAAAACUUGUCAUGUUUUGAGUUGUUCUUCA